AUGGCAUUUCGCGGAACUCCUCGUGGCGGUCGCGGCGGCGGCUUCGGCGGACGUGGUGGAUUCUCUGCGCGUGGAGGACGCGGUGGAAUGGGAGCUUCUUUCGGACCCCCAGACACUGUUGUUGAAAUGGGAAAAUUUGUUCACGACUGCGAAAACGAGAUGUUCUGCGAAUCGAUAAACACCAAGAUUCCCUACUUCAAUGCGCCAAUCUACCUGGAGAACAAGACACCCAUCGGAAAAGUUGACGAGAUCAUGGGCCCGCUGAACCAGGUCUACUUUACCAUCAAGCCGCAAGAGGGCAUACAAGCAAAGUCAUUCAAGGCUGGCGACAAGUUCUACAUUGGAGGCGACAAGCUGCUCCCUCUUGACAGGUUCUUGCCCAAGCCCAAGCCUGUUGGCGGCGUUACAAAGGUCAAGAAGCCCGCUGGCGCAGGCCGUGGAGCACCACGAGGUGGUUCUCGUGGCUUUGGAGGUCGCGGCCGUGGAGCACCGCGUGGACGGGGUGGACCUCCUGGACGCGGAGGCUUUGGUGCCCGUGGUGGAGGUCGUGGCGGAAGCGGUGGCUUCUCAAGAGGCGGUGGACGUGGUGGUGGUGGCUUUGGUGGACGUGGACGAGGAGGAUACUAA